AUGCCUGUGAUGGACAGCAGGAGACACUUCAGCGAAAUGGGGCUGUUCCACGAUGGCGCCUGUCCGGUUCUCUCUACUCCGUCAGAGAUCAGAGCGUCAUUAUCUCCGCCUGCUUCUGUGUUAGCCCCGCCCCCUCUGGCUCUGCCGCCUCCACCACCACCACCACCACCACCACCACCACCUCCGCUGCUGCCACCGCCCCUGCUGCCGGUACUGGGAGACUCCUCCAUGGGCCUCAGACGCAACAAGAGCGUGAGGAAAUUGUUUUGGAAGACCAUUCCAGAACAUCAGGUAAAAGGACGUACAAACCUGUGGACUCAGGGCCCCAUCGAGCAUCACCAGAUUGAUGUGCAGACCAUAGAGGAGCUGUUUAGUCACGACUGUCAAUCAAACUCUAAGACCCCGUCCACGCGAGGGGGGAGGGGCCGGACCUCCUUCAGAGAAACCAAAGAGGAGAUGUGUAUCCUCGACGGGAAGAGAGGCAUGAACAUUGGGAUUUUCCUCAAACAAUUCAAAAGGUCAAAUCAGUCGAUUGUAGAGGACAUCCGCAGUGGAAAUGGUGAACUGUACGGAACAGAACCUUUGAGGGAGCUGCUCAAACUUCUGCCUGAAUCUGACGAGGUGAAAAAGCUGAGGGCGUUCAGAGGAGACGUGUCAAAGCUCUCUCUGGCCGAUUCCUUCAUUUACCUGUUGAUUCAGGUGCCCAGUUACAUUGUUCGUAUUGAGUCUAUGCUGCUGAAGGAGGAGUUUCCAGUGGAGUAUGAGUCCAUGAAACGGGACAUAAAGACUCUACACUCUGCCAUUAAAGAGCUGAUGUGUUGUGAGGAGCUGCACGCGGUUCUCCAUCUGGUGCUGCAGGCGGGAAACCUCUUGAACGCCGGAGGAUAUUCUGGAAACGCGGUGGGCUUCAAACUCUCGUCUCUACCGUCUUUGGCUGAGACCAAAGCCAAUAAACCGGGAAUGAACCUUCUGCACUUCGUCGCUCUCGAAGCUCAAAAGAAGGAUGAGAAGUUGCUGGAGUUUCCUUUGAGGUUGACUCAUGUUCAGGCUGCGUCCAGGAUCUCAGUGGAGACGUUGGACACUGAGUUGGAGCGGCUGGCGUCUCGGACUCGCUCCAUCGAGGAGAGUGUUCAGAGAGACACAGAACUCAUGGAGCAGCUGGACUCCUUUCUACAGAGAUCCUUGUUGGCCCUGUGCUCCCUGCGCAGCUCUCGUCAGCAGCUGAGGGCCGAGGCUGAUGAGCUGCUCGACUUUUUCUGCGAAGACAAAGAAUCGUUCAAACUCGACGACUGUUUCACAAUCUUCACCUCCUUCUGCCUCAAGUUCACCGCUGCUGUCAAGGACAACACCGAGCGGGAGAGGAAGGAAGUGGCUCGACGCCGCAGACUUCAGGAGCUGGAGGAGCAGAAGAGGCACUCGUGGGCCGCAGGAGAACAGUUUGGCGGCGCGUUCGGCCUCCGCAGCGGCAUUGACCUGGACAUGAGCUCGGCCCUGUCUCGCCACGACGACGCCAGUCUGCUGAUGGAGCUCUUGAUGCCCAAAUCCAUCCCGCGCUCUCCCCUCCUGCGGCGAUCCGGCAGCUCCCGCCGAUCGAGACACACUAACGAGGCCAACGCCAGGACGUUCGAAGUCAAAGACACAAAGAAAAAAGACAGUUGUGCGAGCCUCGGACAGGUCUCCAGGUCGCUCCGUGUCCACGAGGAGUCCAGCUCGUCGGCAAGAGAGACCCUCCACGGCCCCUUCCUCCCGCAGAUCCAGCUUCAAUAA